UUCAGGUUCAACUAUGGCUUCUCAAGGCCAGAGAGACGAUCAAAGUCCGGGAGUUGAGGUGAAAGCUCCACAUUUUUUCAAGAUAAUUCUAGCUGAUUCUCUACGACAUGGGAAGCUUAUGAUUCCGAGAAGGUUUGUAAGGAAACAUGGAGAAGGGUUGUCAAACCUAGCAUUUCUUAAUCUUCCAAAUGGUGCAGAAUGGAAAUUAGAAUUGACGAGAUGUGAUGGUGAACUCUGGUUACAGAAGGGUUGGCAAGAGUUCUUGGAGUAUUACUCUGUGAAGCCGGGACACUUUCUAGUUUUCAGAUAUGAAGGAAAUUCUCGCUUUCAUGUACUCAUAUUUGAUAUGAGCGCAACAGAGGUAGAUUAUCCCACCCACAGCUCCCAAGUUAAGGGGAAAAAUUUCGGUGAAAAACUCCAAGUUUCACCAAAGGAAGAAACUGAAAAUGAUAGUUCUGUGGAGAUAUUAGAUAGCUUUAGAACAUACAAAAGAAGGGAGAAGUUGCCAUGCGAUCCAAGGCCUCAAAAGAUGAAGAGAACGAAUCCAAGUGCUAAAACUAAGAAAAUCUCCAAUCUACCAAAAUGGGUUCCUCAUUCUACACCAAACCGCACUCAAUCUGAAGAGGUAAAGCCUAAGAAGCUAACAGCACAAGGAAAUCUGCAUCCGACCAAGCAAGAGUUUGAAGGUCAUGUUGAAGGCAUUUCUACCAACGAAGUUGGAUGUCCAAAGUCGGAGGUUCUUACAAGGACUCGACCAUUGACUUUGAUUGAAAAAGCUAGAGCUCUUAAGAAAGCAAGUGGAUUCAAACGCGAAAACCCAUAUUUUAUGGUUGUCAUGCAACCAUCAUAUGUGCAAUUUGGAUGGUGUUUGAAUAUACCAUCAAAAUUUGCAAAGACAUAUUUGAAUAAGAUGCUUGGUGAUGUGGUCCUUCGGGUUUCAGAUGGCAGAAACUGGUUUGUUAAGUACAGUGCAGGCAAAAUUUUAUGUUGGAAGCAAUUCUCACUGGACAAUAAUCUGAAAGUAGGUGACGUUUGUGCGUUUGAACUGAUUAAGGGCAUUAAAGUUUCUUUCAAAGUUGUAAUUUUCCGUGCAAAUGAAGAACAAUGCCCUCUAUUGCCAGGGGGACUUUAUUUUUCUUCUAAAGGAGAAGGUGGAAGCAUGCCUAAAUCUCCCAUCAUGUGCUUUCAAUCUCAUAUUUUUAGGAGUAAAAAAGGGACAGCUACUGAAAAAGCUAGGGCUCUUGAGAGAGCUAUUGCUUUCAAUUCUCAAAAUCCAUUUUUUAUGGUCUCCAUGGGCACACUAUACGCCUACGGCAGAAGCAACUUGCAUAUACCAUGCAAGUUUGCAGAGAAAUAUUUGAGUGAUCAGAAGCCUGGCAAUGUCAUCCUCCUGGUUUCAGGUGGGAAAACUUGGCCUGUCCGAUACAUUUCUAGAGAUUUUGGCAGUCAUAGAAAUACUGAACUCUCUAUCGGUUGGAGAGCAUUUGCCCGGGAUAAUAAAUUGGAAGAAGGUGAUGUUUGUGUAUUUGAGUUGAUGAAGGGCAUUGGAGUUACAAAUAGCCAUCAAUCUCUUGUGACAGUGUAUGUUCAUGGAACACAAUCACUCAAAAGUGCAGGCGCUAGCGCAAAAGCUUCUGUUUCAUAUACUCUGACUCGGAGCUGUUGGAAGUUCAACCAUGACUUCCCAAGGCCGGAGAGAAGAGCACAGUCCAGUGAAAUCUCCACAUUUCUUCAAGAUAAUUCUCCCCGACUCUCUGCGAGAUGGGAAGCUGAUUCUUUACAGAGGAUUCCAACAAGGUUUAUAAGGAGAUAUGGAGAAAGCCUGUCAAACCUAGCAUUGAUUAAGCUUCCAAAUGGCGCAGAAUGGAAACUAGAGUUGGCGAAAUGUGAUGGUGAGGUUUGGUUAAAGAAGGGCUGGCGAGAAUUCGUGGAGUAUAGUUCUCUAAAGCUGGGGCACUUCCUGGUUUUCAGAUAUGAAGGAAAGUCUCACUUUUGUGUUCUUGUGUUUGAUGAGAGUGCAACAGAAAUAGAUUAUCCAUUUAAUAGCUCCCCUGGUGAGGACCUGAAAAUUCAUGAAAAGCUUCCAGUUUCUAGGAUGGAAGAAAUGGAGAGUGACAGUUCUGUUGAAAUAUUGGAUGACUUUCCAGCAUACCCAAAAGCAAGGGAGAAAUCACCAUUGUCAUGUCCUCGUCCUCACAAGAUGAUGAGGACAAAUUCAAGUGCUCAGAUUGGGAGUACUGCCAAUCUUUCAAGGUUGGUUCCUCACUCUACAAAAAAUAAAUCGAAAGAGGCAAACCUCAAGAAAUCAAAAGGGCAAGCGAAAUUUCAUUCCACCAUGCUGGAAUUUGAAGGUGUUGAAGGUACCAACAAGAAAUCCCCAAAAUCUGAGGUUCUUAGAAGGAUUCCAAAUGUGACUGCUGAUGAAAAAGCCAAAGAUCUUCAGAAAGCAAGAGGCGUUAAACCUGAAAAUCCUCAUUUCGAUGUUGUCAUGCAAGCCUCAUAUGUUCGUUUUGGGUGCAUGAGUAUACCAUCAUGCUUUGCAAAGAGACAUUUAAAUAAGAAAUUGGAUGAUAUCAUCCUUUGGCUUUCAGAUGGGAGAAGAUGGUCUGUUAGGUACAAGUUCAACAGGCGUGCUGCAUGCCAAUUUGGAGGUGGUUGGAAGGAAUUUGUACAAGACAAUAAUCUGGAUGUAGGUGACGUUUGUUCAUUUGAACUUAUUAAGGGAAUUAAAAUUUCUUUCCAAGUGGUGAUUUUCCGUGCCACUGAAGAACAUUUUCCAAAAUUGCCAAAAAUGGAGAGUGACAGUUCUGUCAAAAUCUUGGAUGACUUUCCAGCAUACCCAAAAGCAAGGGAGAAAUCACCAUUGUCAUGUCCUCGUCCUCACAAGAUGAUGAGGACACAUUCAAGUGCUCAGAUUGGGAGUACUGCCAAUCUUUCAAGGUUGGUUCCUCACUCUACUAAAAAUAAAUCGAAAGAGGCAAACCUCAAGAAAUCAAAAGGGCAAGCGAAAUUUCAUUCCACCACGCAGGAAUUUGAAGGUGUUGAAGGUACCACCAAGCAAUCCCCAAAAUCGGAGGUUCUUAGAAGGAUUCCAAAAAUGACUGCUGAUGAAAAAGCCAAAGAUCUUCAGAAAGCAAGAGGCAUUAAACCUGAAAAUCCUCAUUUCGAUGUUGUCAUGCAAGCCUCAUAUGUUCGUUUUGGACGCGUGAGUAUACCAUCAGGCUUUGCAAAGAGACAUUUAAAUAAGAAAUUGGAUGAUAUCAUCCUUUGGCUUUCAGAUGGGAGAAGAUGGUCUGUUAGGUACAAGUUCAACAGGCGUGCUGCAUGCCAAUUUGGAGGUGGUUGGAAGGAAUUUGUACAAGACAAUAAUCUGGAUGUAGGUGACGUUUGUUCAUUUGAACUUAUUAAGGGAAUUAAAAUUUCUUUCCAAGUGGUGAUUUUCCGUGCCACUGAAGAACAUUGCCCAAAAUUGCCAAAAUCUGAGAGUGAUAGUUCUGUCAAAAUCUUGGAUGACUUUCCAGCAUACCCAAAAAUGAGGGAGAAAUCACUGCUAUCAUGUCCUCGGCCUCACAAGAUGAUGAGGAUGAAUCCAAGUGCUAAGACUGGGAAUACUCUGUCAAGGUUGGUCCCUCAUUGUACACAAAAUCAAUGCAAAGAGGCAAAGCUUGACAAGUUUAAAGGACAAUCAAAUUUGCAUUCUACCAAACAAGAUUUUGAAGGUGUAGAAGGCGUCUCUGCCACUAGUCGAUGCCCAGAAUCUGAGGUUCCUAGAAGGACUCAAACGGUCAAUGAAAAAUCUAGUGCUCUUCAGAAAGCAAGUGGCUUUAAACCUGAAAAUCCUUAUUUCUUGGUUGUCAUGCAGCCAUCAUAUUUGCGUUGCGCAUUAAAAUCGGCUGUACUAAGGAGCUUUCUCAACAUUAAAAGUGGACAGAGAGUGAUGCUUCAGGUUGGGGAAAAAUCAUGGCCAGUGAAGUUUAAUAGCUAUCCACAUUUGUCAUACGCUGUCUUGUCUGCUGGUUGGCGUACCUUUGUGAAGGCUAACAGUCUGCAAGUGGGAGAUGUUUGUGUCUUUGAGCUGAUUAAGAGUGAUGAUGUUAUGCUGAAAGUCUCCAUUUUUAGAUGCCCCAGUAAUCCUUUUGGGGGCUUAUACUGAUUCGUGGUAGUUAUUUUCAGACCUCUUCUUCUGCUUUUUAGUGUAGAUAGUUAUCUUGUUGUCUGUUGUUUCAAGGGCUCGUGGCCCUCCCAACCCGAGACUUCUAUUAUCUGUCACUAGUUAAAACUUAAACCAAUUAAGUUCUUUUCCAAAAUGAUUUUUCUUAAGGUAGAUUGGGUAUCUUUUGGACUGUAAUUCCAUAGUUUUUGGAAGAAUUUUAACAGAUUUGGAAUUGAUGAGUGCCUUGCGUGACCACUGCAAUG